AUGACCAAACCACCCUUUAAUUUCCACUUCACAAACAAACUCUUUUCCCGCCAUCUUCAUCACACAAUCACCAUCACCAACACAUCAUGGAACGCCCAGCUCCGGGAACUAACCAAACAAGAAAACUAUCACCAAUGUCUCGAUUUAUACCGCCGAAUGCUCCGUUCCAACGUCUCUCCGAAUGUCAUAACCUUUCCGAUCACCCUCAAGUCUUGCGCCAAUCUAUCACUCCCAAUUUCAGGUCAACAGCUUCAUUGUCAUGUCAUCAAAACUGGGUGUCAUUCAGAACCAUUUGUUCAAACUGGUUUGAUAUCACUUUAUGCAAAAUGUUGGUUUAUUGAAGAUGCACAUAAAGUGUUUGAUGAAAGUCCUCAGUCACAAAAACUGACUGUUUGUUACAAUGCACUUGUUGCUGGGUAUAUUAGGAAUGAUCAGUUUUUAAAAGGGUAUGAGUUGUUUUGUCGAAUGAGGGUUUUGGGUGUUUCUGUUGAUGCGGUUACUAUGCUUGGUUUGCUACCUGGUUGUUCGGAUAACGGACAAUUGAAGUUUGCGACGGCUUUGCAUUGUUUUGUGAUGAAAUGUGGGUUGGAUAUGGAGUUUUGUGUUGGGAAUUGUUUGAUUACGAUUUACGUUAAGUGUGGAUCGAAAGAACUUGCUAGGAAGUUUUUUGAUGGGAUGAAUGUUAAAAAGUUGGGAACUUGGAAUGCUAUGAUAUCAGGGUAUGCACAAAAUGGAUAUGCAACCGAGGCGUUGGAACUUUAUCAGAGAUUCGAAUUGUCGGGUAUUGAUCCUGAUCCUAUAACGCUUGUUGGUGUGUUGUCGUUGUGUGCUCACCUUGGCAAGAAGGGAAUUGGUGCAGAGAUAGAAAAGAAGAUACAAAAUAGUAGGUUUAAGCAUAAUCUUUUCUUGAAUAAUGCUUUGAUUAACAUGUAUGCUAGAUGUGGUAAUCUAGUAAAAGCACGAGAGAUUUUUGAUAACAUGCAAGAAAAGAACUUGGUAUCGUGGACUGCAAUUAUAGGUGGAUAUGGGAUGCAUGGGCAAGGAGAAACAGCAGUACGGUUUUUUAGUGAAAUGAUAAGAUGCAAUAUAAGGCCUGACGGGCCGGUUUUUGUCUGUGUCUUGUCUGCGUGUAGUCAUGCUGGAUUGACUGAUAUAGGGUUACAUUAUUUUAAUUCGAUGAAAAUAAAAUAUGGGUUGAAACCAGGUCCUGAACAUUACUCUUGUGUAGUGGAUCUUUUGGGCCGGGCAGGUCGAAUUGAUGAUGCACAAAAGAUCAUAAGUACAAUGCCAAUGGAACCUGAUGGUGCAGUGUGGGGAGCUCUUUUGGGUGCUUGCAAGAUUCACAAGAAUGUUGAUCUAGCUGAGUUUGCAUUUGAACGUGUGAUUGAGCAUGAACCCACCAAUAUCGGUUACUAUGUUUUGUUAUCGAACUUAUACACGGAAGUCAACAACACUGAAGGCAUCUUACGCAUACGAAUGAUGAUGAGAGAAAAAGGGCUCAAAAAAGACCCUGGGUAUAGUUAUGUCGAACAUAAAGGAAAGACUAAUCUAUUUGUAGCUGGUGAUCAUAAUCAUCCACAAACAGAUGAGAUAUAUGCAAUGCUUGAAAGACUUGAUGAUUUUGUAAAUGCUAGCAGUAGUGAUGAUGGUGGUUUGGUUCAUAGUGAGAGAUUGGCUAUUGCUUUUGCAUUGUUGACAACUGAUAUCGGGCAAGAAAUUCUUGUGAUAAAGAACUUACGGGUAUGUGGAGAUUGUCAUGUGUUUGUAAAGUUGGUUAGUAAGGUUGUGGACCGUUGGUUUAUUAUCAGAGAUCCUACUCGUUUCCACCACUUUAAAGACGGAGCUUGUUCAUGUAAUGACUACUGGUAAUCGACUUGCUUAUUAUUUUCUGAAGCAUAUGCCAGGGGUUUUAUCAAUGACAAAUGCUUGAUCCUCACACACCCUUUUCCCUUUUGAUACUUGAAACCCCAGCCUACUCUUAUUGAUUCUCACUUGUGGCACAAGGUCCACGAGAAUUUGGUGAUGGAUCUCUGUCAGGUGCUUGAUCAGGAGUCGGAUGCUUUAGAAAUUGAAACUGUGCAGAAGGAAACAAUCCAUCCAAGGAAAAGUUACAAAAUAAACAUUUCCUUUGCUGACUUUCUACUAUUUGCUGUGCAUAGAUGGCCCAUGUGAAUACCUAGUCUGGUGGCAGAGUCAAAAGAUCUAUUUGAUCAGAAAGCAAGCAAUGAGUACUGGAUAGAUGUGCUGUUUUGCUGGGGGGGAUUAUGAUUCUCAUGAUAUUGAACGUUAUAUCAGGUCCAAGUUCAUGGACUACUCCACCAAUAACAUGUCCAUCUAUCCAUAACCAACAGCUUCAGGUGCGUCGAACAGCUUAUCAUUUUCUAAAACAAGCAGCUUCUCUUCUGACUCUCCUUUCAACAACUGGACCACAUCGAGAAUGGUAGGUCUCUUCUCUGGUUGACAGUGAGUGCACAUUAGUGCAAGAAUGAUUACCCUUUUCAGCUCUUCUUUAAUAUAGUUCCCUUUUAGCUUUGGGUCUGCAAUUUCACUGAACUUCCUUAGACGGGCUAAUGGUAAAAUCCAGUCUGUUAUGGAAUGUUUGGUGGUUGUGCUCAUAUCUUCGACAGGUUCUUUGCCACUAGCAAGCUCAAGCAAGAGGAUUCCAAAGCUGUAAAUGUCGCAACAAGUUGAGGCUUUCCCUAACAUCGCAUAUUCUGGGGCAAGGUACCCCAGUGUGCCUUUUACUCCAGUGGUCACGUGCGUUGCACCAUCUGGGAUUAGUUUUGCAUUGCCAAAACCAGCUAGUGAUGGGUUAAGAUCCGAGUCUAGCAAGAUGCUACUUGGUUUGAUGUCUCGGUGGAUUAUGCGCGGGGUGGCAUGAUGAUGAAGAUACCUGUAUGAAACAAUAGUGUAAAGAGCUAGUUCCAUGAUAUAAUUACAUGUGCUAAAGCUCACCAAAUGGACAGGUUUAUGCCGUUUUGGAUUGGCUCUUGGUUAGGUUGACCCAAACCCUUUAUGUUCUAUUUAGUGGGCUCUUUUUAGACAUUUUAAAGCGUUCCACCUGUUUCACUUGUAGUUAAUUUUGGUUUAAUAUAAAGCUCAGUUGUCAUGUUGAAUAGAGAAUUUGAUUUGACCAGAUUUGUUUAAGUAAAUGGAAAUGUAACACAAAAAAUCUGUAUUCA